UUACCGCUCCGGUCACUCUCGCAACAGAAGAAAGUAGGUUGUAAUAACAGAGUAUUAGUUUUCUUGGCAGAUAUCGACCUUGUGGAAGUAUUUCUACUAUCCGACACGUUUCUGACGCUUUCCUAGUGAAGACAGAGGACUGUAAAACUGAGAGGCGGCUGCUCUCCGGAGGAGGUUCAAGAGACUGAAGAAGGAAAUCUAAAUAACAAGCUCCACACUUCAUCCACAUGGCAGAGCCCAACUUCCCCCCGUUGCCGGGAUUCAUCCCACUCAAGCCCUGCUUCUACCAGGACUUUGAGGAGAUCCCUGAACAGCAUCGCGGCAUGUGCAAGAAAAUGUACCACCUGUGGAUGUGCGUGUUCUUUUCUGCCAAACGAUAACCAUAAGCAGACCGACAUUUGAAGCCGAUUGGCCUUCUCUGCUAGUUUAGAGAAGAAAGAUGCGACUGAAGCACAGUGCUCCAAUUAGAACUAAGUGCAACUUAAGCGGGGAGUACUGUAGCCUCAUAACAUCACUGAGAAUUAGAAAAAGAUACCCCGGAAAGGCUAUUCAGGGAUCACCAGCCAUCUUGUGAGUCAAGCACCGCAAUUUCAUAUUUCACAUUAUGUUAAUGUGGCUGCUUUCAUAUCCAUUUUCAGAUCUCUUUUCUUCCUGUGCAUGUCUGUGUACCCCACUAGAAAUUCUUUUCUGCAACUAUACCUGAACGGCAGUAUGUCUGUUUUGCUCUCAGUGAACAGUGCUACUCUCGCGGUGAAUCUCAUUGGCUGCUUUGCCUGGAUGUUUGGUGGAGGUGGCGUGACCAACUUUGGACUGGCUAUCAUCUGGCUCAUCAUGUUCACUCCCUGCUCUUACGUCUGUUGGUUCAGGGCCGUCUACAAGGCCUUCAAGAGUGACAGCUCCUUCAACUUCAUGCAGUUCUUUUUUGUCUUCAUGGCACAAGUUGGCAUCAGCAUCAUCCAGUGCAUCGGCAUCCCUGGAUGGGGAGUUUGUGGUUGGUUGGCUACCAUGUCCUUCUUCAGCUACAAUAUUUUCAUUGCGCUGAUCAUGUUGGUCCCUACAAUCAUGUUCACAGCAGUGGCCUCACUGUCCUUCAUUGCCCUCACCAGGAUCCAUAACUACUACCGUGGCAGUGGGGCCAGCAUGUCCAAAGCUCAGGAGGAAUGGACCACAGGAGCCUGGAAGAACCCUCACGUCCAGCAGGCAGCACAGCAGGCUGCCAUGGGUGCAGCAGCUGGAGCCAUGCAGGAUCAGUACUCCAGCCCACAAUAUAAUGAUAACCAGGUGUAGCCUCUUUAAGACAGAGGUGUCAACAGUCAUGGCAUGACAGUUACGCCAGGGUUAGGCAACAGGGUUAGGAAGAUCAGACCAUUUCCCACAAUAUCAUGGAUUGUUAAGUUACACAAUGUAGCAGAAAUGACGCACUAUUUUGACAUGCUCAGGUUUUUACAUUUUCAUGAAAUCAUUGAUUUGGAAGCAGAAUUGUCAGUGAUUUCAGACAAUUUCAUUAUUUGGCUAAUAUGUCUGAAAAUCUGGGGGAAACUGGUUUUGCCUUUCUGUAUUAAAGGUGCAUUGUGUAGGAUUUAGGGAGCGUCAAUUGGCAAAAAUUUAAGGUAAUAUUCAUAAUUAUGUUUUGUGUGAUCCGCUAAAAACAUAAGAAACAUUUAUAUUUUCUUUUGUUUUCUUUACCUUAGUGUGAGCCUCUUAUACGGGGUCCAUGAUGUUGUACUGCCAUGUUUCUACAGCAGCCCAGUUGCACCCUGCACCCAAACUGCUAGAUGUCACUACAUCCUGCACAUUGGACCUUUAAAGGGCAGGCUGAUUAUUUGUAGUGUUUUAUAUUAUUUCAUAUGUUGUUUUUGGUUUUCUGUUUGGGUGGUUGAAAUGAAACUAGUUCUGAACGUUUAUUACUUUAGUGGCUCUAUGGGAGCUGUGUUUACUGUACUCUUUGUGUCGACCAGCAGUUGUAGCAAUUUUUAGUCUGAAAAAUACAAGCAUUUAUGUACAGUAACUAAAAGCAACAUUAUGUAGAGACAAAACAUGUAACAUUGUGAUCCUACCUUCUCACUGAAGUUAAACAUUUUACACAAGUCAGCAAUUUACAUAAUGUUGCUUAAAGUUGUGAUGUAGAUUCAGUUAUUAUAAGUAUUAUUUAACUUAUGCACCAGUGCACUAUGAGAAUGAUGAAUUGGUUAGGUUGUAAAGUUUUUCUUGUCUUUUAAAUUGAUGAAGUUAAACCAAAGAUCAGAUGUAGUUUUGUAACUUUCUUUGAAAUAAUGCUGCUCUACUCGACCUCAGCUAAAUGUCAUCAUAUUUCUAUGCAGUUUGUCAAUGAUUGCACUGUGAAAUGAUCGAAUGCUGCUCUGUUGAAAGGGAGUCUGCCUGUCUUACAAUAACAGUGUUACUGCAAGUGUUCAGCUGGAUUUGAAUAGAAACAGGACAUUUAAACUUACUUGACACUAACUCUUUGAUGGUGACUCGUCCACCUGACACUGAAAACAUCACAGAACUAUUAAAUCAGUGUUAAUGGUUCUAUGUAAAUACAAGUGAAUAUGCGACCCAUGUGAUGUAGUCACCUCUCGUUCAUUAGACAUGUGGGGGUUUUGUACUUAAUGUCACUUUAGUUGAUGUCAAAUGCACUGUGUUUAAAAGAUGGCUUCUCUCGUGCUGUGUGGCUGUCUGACCACAGGGAGGCACUGAUGGUUUUAGUAUGAAAUAAAAAGCUCCAUCA